UUAUGAUAACGAGGUCAUCACGUGACCAGACGUCAUCGUCUGUAUGCCGCCAUUUGCAGAGAACAAGAGAGAAAAUGGCAAACUAACAAUAAGUCGAUAUUCUCGCCGUAUCUUCAUCAAGGCGUAACGUCUUGGUAUCUUCAGAAUAAAGAUGUCUUCCAGAAGUGGAUCUUCUAGAAGAAAGCCACUGCUGGUCACCCGGAAGGUGUUAGACAACUCAACAGACGAAGAGGAAGACAAUGCUGGGAGUAGCAAAAAAAUAAAUGGAGAUUCCCAGUCAGAAGAGGAAAUUAUGGAGGAAUUGCCAGAAGGCACAGUUGUUGUCAAUCCAGAACCAGUUGAGGAGAAAAACCCAACAUUCAAGGGACCCGAAUUUGUGUCUGGAAAACGUAAAUCAACAGGUAAUGGUAAUAUUGAUGUCAGUGGUUUGAUGUCUCGAGUGACAUGUACUGCCUGCCACAAACAGAUCAAUACGAACAAGAAAGGGUCUGCUCGACGACACCCUCUCCUAAAAGUCCUCAUCUGUAAGCGCUGCCGUACCUAUUAUGAUAGUGGCCCUAUACAAAAAGACAAGGAUGGCCUGGAUGAGCAGUGUCGGUGGUGUGGGGAAGGAGGACGUCUGUUUGGAUGUGACUUCUGUCACAAUGCAUUCUGCAGGUCCUGCAUAAUUCACAACCUUGGCCGAUCAGAACUGAUGAAGGUGCAAAAUGAUGACAAGUGGAAAUGUUAUGUAUGUAAUUCUAAAGCACUUCGAACCCAACGGCAUGAAUGCGAGGCUGUGCUCGAGCAAAUUAAGAAAGAGGAACAAAAGGCAAAGAAUGCCUUGGAACGAGAAAAGGAAAGGGAAAAAAAUAAGGAAAAGAAAGACACACCUUCCAGUAAAAACACUCCAAAAUCUAGUGAAAUUGUUAAAAACACUGCUACGCCAAAGUCUAGUGUGAAAACCAUAGCUGGUAAAAACCCAAAUGUUGAGUUAGUAGUUGUUGGGCCAAAGGCACCCAUUCCAAUGCAGUCAAAGGCACCCAUUAACGUUCAGAAUAAGUCAAUGCCAAUGAAGAUUGCACCACAACAAAUGGCACCUGUUCAGCAACAGCUCAAGAAUCUUUUGAGUAUGCCAAAUGGUCCACAACGUAAUGUGCAGCAGCAAAAGCAACCAACAAUAAUUAGGCGGCAGCAGCAAUCCAUGCCAGGUCCAGUGAGUCGAGUGGGGUUUGUUUCUAGUCUUGAUCCAUUAUCUAUUACUCUUCCGAAGUUGAUAGAGGAAUUCAAAAAGAAUGUAACGCCAACAACAGUUCCACAAGUUCUCAACAAGAUGAUGAGCAUCACAAACUCCCUAACUCUGUUGAUGUCUUCUAUUAAAAUGAACAUAAUGGACAAUCAUUUUAAUACACCAGGCUAUGAAUCCCUCAAUGCCAUGACAACCCAGAGUCGUAAAACAGCAAUUGAUUGUUUGGUAAGUGGACUGGAACUCUUUCUUCAAGAACUACAGAUCACAACGGUUGGCGAAUAUAUGCCACCACCUCCAGAUACUAGAGAUAUUUCUUCAAAUAAUGCAAAUGACUCUGAACCAGAAGUGUUAGAGGUUGACAGUCUCGCUAAAGCACCUGAAAAACCACUUCGGAUGACCAUGAUAAAUGAUGAGAUUAUUGUAGAAUCUGACUCGGAGGAAGAGAAGAUUCCAGUCAAAGUUGAUAUUCCUGAGAUUAAGGAAGAUGUUAGCAAGGACAUUGCAGACAAUGAGGAAAAGUCUGAAAAUGUAGAAAAAAAAUCAGACGACGAUGUGUCAAAAGAUGUAGACACAGAAAUGGAGGAAAGUGUAGAUGAGGAGAAAUCAUCCGAAACUAAGGAUACAGAAAAAUCGGAUAAAAAGUCCAAAGAUACAGACAAGAAAAAGGACAAAAAAACCACAGACAAAAGUCCCAAGAAACAUGUAAAAGCUGAAAAAGAAAGUCCCAAAAAAGGAAAAAAAUCAAGCACUGAAAAAGAUGAAAAGGAUAAAGUUGACUCUGAAAAUACUGAGGCUCAGUUAGAACUGUUAAAGGAACUGGCAGAUGAAUUAAUAAAGAAUGGCCAUAAGUCAGAUUCUGAAUCUGAGAACAGUACAGAAUGUGAAGAUGAUGAUAAUGACAUUCAAAACAUAGAGGACAAGAAAGAUGAACAGAAAACAAAGAAAGGUGCUAAUGAAAAGGACAAAGAUGAUGCUAAAAUCGAAAGUGGCAAAGGGAAAAAAGAAACUCCUAUUAAAAAGAAAAAUGAUGCUGAGGAUAAAAAUCAAAAGGAAAGUGAUGAGGAGGAAACGAAAGAGAAAGAAGAUGAUAAUGAGGAAGAAGAUGAUAAUGAGGAAGAAGAUGAUCUGAAAAAACCUGUAUCAAGUGAAAGCAACAAUGAUAGUGAUUCAGAUAGUGAGGAUAGUGAUCAUGACGCUUCUGGACCUGGCCGAAGACGACUUAGAAAAAGGAAGACCAAAGAAGAUGAAAAACCUGAAAAGAAAGGAAAAGGGAGUUUGAAAAUACGACUGAGACUACCUAAGAAUAAAUCACAAAGGGAAAAGGAGGAAAAGAAAGGUGAAAGGAGAAGUAGUCGUUCAAAAACAGCUGCAGAGUCUCGAGAAUCUGAUGAUGAGGACAACACAUCCAAAGGCAAGAAAGGCAAGCCCAAGAAGAAGAGUACCGAGUCCGAUUCUGAAAAUUUCGACUCUGAUUUAGAGGAUGAAAUAGACAAGUUAGCAAAAGAUCCGAAAGUGCAGAAAAAGAAAAAGAAAUCUGAGGAAGAAGUUAAACCAAAGGAGAAAAAGAAAGACCAAAAAGAAGAAACUAAAAAAGAAAAAGACCAAAAAGAAGAAACUAAAAAAGAAAAAGACAAGAAGGAGAAGACUGGUAGUGACAGUGAUAGUAGUGAAGGCACAGAUAACUAUGACCCUGAAGAGGCUGCAGAUGAUGAAGAGGAGGAAGAACCUAUGGACACUGCGGAUCCUCCUGCCCCAGACAUCUCGGAUAAGGAGAAUUCUUCGGAGGAAGAAGAUGAUGAAGACGGUGAUGACAGUAGUGAUUCUGAAGUGGUCAUUAAUAGUCCAAAGAAGAAACGUGGGAAGGCUUCAUCUAAGAAGGGGGAAAAGGCCAAGUCAUCAGACUCUGAAAGUGACUCGGAUGCAGUUCCCAAAAAGAAGACUCGGUUACGCUCUAAACUUUUAGAUGCCAAAUUGUCCGAGUCAGACGAUUCUGACUUCCAGAUUUCCAAAAAAGGAAAAGGUAAGAAAAGAAAAGCAGAGACCGAUUCUUCAGAGGACAAGGAGUCCACUGAGGAGGAUAGUGAUGCCCCAAAGAAGAAAGGGCGUGGCAAAAAGUCCAAACAGAAAGGAAAAGGUUCUAAAGGGAAAAAAACGAAGCGCCGACGCAUUAAGGUAGCAUCAGACUCCUCGGACGAGAAGAUGAGCACUGAAGGAGAGGAAGAAAUGAAAAAUGAAAAAAAGAAAAAGAAGAAAAAGAAAAAGGGGUCCGGCUCAGAUUCAGAUUCAGAUUCAGAUUCUGAAGAAGAUGAGAAUGGAUCACCAAGCAAGGGUAGGAAGCAGAUCCGCAAGAUCAAAUCUGACAAAAAAUUGACAGAUUCAACACGCAAAGCUGUCAAAGCAGAAGAAGAACGGCGAAAGAGAAUUACAGAGAAGCAAAAGGAGUUCAAUCGUGUUGUGAUGGAAGAUGACCCAUCAUCACCCACCAAAUGCCCUAUUACAAAAAAACUGGUGUUGGAGUAUGAUAAAGAGACGAAGGAGCCAAUGAUAGAGGUUGAUGAGAGGCUAGUCACUAAACUUAAACCCCAUCAGGUCGAAGCUGCCCAGUUCAUGUGGGACUGUACAAUUGAGUCAGUUGACCGUUUGAAGGAGAAGGGAGCUGGCUGUAUCCUUGCUCAUUGUAUGGGCUUGGGAAAGACUUUAUCUGUGAUAACAUUUCUACAUACCGUGAUGAAUCACUCGGACCAGACGGGUAUCAAGAAGGCUCUGGUUGUAGGACCUCUCAAUACAGUUCUUAACUGGCAAAAUGAAUUUGAAACAUGGCUCAGUGGGGAUUUAGGAGAAGAAUUCUAUGAGGUUUUUGAGAUCUCCAGUGUUAAACAGAAUGUAGCGAGAGCUGACAUGUUGAAACACUGGCACAAGAAUGGAGGCGUUAUGAUCAUGGGAUAUGAAAUGUUCCGAAACCUUACACAAGGCAAUCACUGCCGCAGUAAAAAGCUGAAACAAAUAUUUAGGGAAGCACUGGUGGAUCCAGGCCCUGAUGUCUGUGUGUGUGAUGAGGGGCACAUUCUUAAGAAUGAUGCUUCAGCCAUUUCCAAAGCUAUGAACCAGCUUGUGACCCUGAGGCGGAUCGUCCUCACUGGAACUCCACUUCAGAACAAUCUGAUUGAAUACCAUUGCAUGGUAAACUUUGUGAAGCCUAAUCUUCUAGGAACAAGGAAGGAGUUCUGUAAUAGAUUUGUAAAUCCUAUCGUCAAUGGACAGUGUACAGACUCUUCAUCUCAUGAUGUACGCCUCAUGAAACGUCGGGCACACAUAAUCCACGAGAAACUUGCUGGAUGUGUCCAGAGGAAAGACUACUCUGCCCUCACCAAGUUCCUAUCGCCCAAAUAUGAGUAUGUGAUUUCCGUACGGCUGACUAAGGUCCAAAUUGAACUGUACCAGAAGUAUCUUGACAGAACUGGAAGUGCAAACAGUGUGAUGGGCAAGGGAGCAAAACUGUUUUCUGACUACCAGGCUCUGAUGAGGAUCUGGACCCAUCCCUGGGUUCUCAAGAUGGACGAAGUCCGCCAGGAAAAAAAGGCCAAAUGGGAUGACGAGGAUUCCUUUAUUGAAGAUGGUAGCACGAGUGAGGAAGACAUAGGGUCGGAGGUCAGCAAGUCCAGUGACAGCGAUAGUGAUGUUGUGGCCAUCAGCGACAACAGCAGCGGUGAGGAUGAUGGUGAUAAGAAAACCCGAAGUAGCAAGGAGGCAGGAAGCUCUAAAGACACAAAUGAAGUCGCAGUCAACUCCAAAGGAGAAGUUGUGAAGAAGUGGACAACAAGAUCAAGAGGGGGUGAAGGAACUGAAUGGGAAGGCAUCAUCAAAGCAGCCGAGGAGGAGGAAGAGGACCGUCCACUCACCACUGACUGGUGGGCCGAUUACGUCACUGAGGAGGAUGCGCAUAGAAUAGAGCUUAGUGGCAAACUUUCACUGCUGUUUGAGAUCCUUCGUAUGUCUGAGGAGAUUGGUGAUAAGGUGUUGGUGUUCAGUCAGAGUCUGUUAUCGUUAGACCUGAUAGAAGAUUUCCUGGAACAUAUAGACAAGAAACACCAAGAGGAAACUGAGGAAAAAGAGAGGAAGAGAAAGGAAGCUGAAGAAGAGAAAAACAAAAAUGAUAGUGAGGAGAAAGAAAAAGAGGAGAAGGAGGAAGAGGAGAAAAAUGACGAGGAAAAGGAGAAAAAUGAUGAGGAAAAAUCUGAAGAGACUACACCUGAAGAAAGUGUGUUUGGUAAACAAUGGACAAAAGGAGCUGACUAUUUCCGUAUGGAUGGAUCAACGAGUGCUCAGCACAGAAAAGAGUUGGCGACAUCCUUCAAUGACCCAGAAAACUACAGGGCAAGGCUGUUCAUCAUUUCCACCAAGGCUGGUGGUUUGGGAAUCAAUCUUGUUGCGGCUAACAGGGUCAUCAUAUUUGAUGCGUCGUGGAAUCCUUCCAAUGAUGUACAGUCUGUGUUCCGUGUGUACAGAUUUGGGCAAACUAAGCCAGUGUACAUCUACAGAUUCCUAGCACAGGGCACCAUGGAGGAGAAGAUUUAUGAACGGCAGGUAACCAAGCAGUCCCUGUCUCAACGUGUGGUAGAUGAACAUCAGAUAGAGCGUCACUUCACCUCUCAUGACCUCCAGGUCCUCUACACCUUCAAACCUGACCGCUUAGAUGAUCCAAACAGGGAGGAGAGACCAACACCAGAAUUACCCCAGGACCACAUGCUUGCCGAGAUGCUCCAGAGUCACAAGGAAUGGAUCUGCUCUUAUCACAAACACGACUCCCUGCUGGAGAACCAGAUCAGCGAGGAGCUUACUGAAGAAGAGAGGCAGGCAGCCUGGAAAGAGUUUGAGGAUGAGAAGAAGGGCAUCAUGAACAAUGUCCGCCAGCAGUUCAUGGGUAUGAACAAUAUGCCAGGAAUGCCUCCAGGGAUAAACCCUAACAUCAACAUGAACAUGCUAAUUCAGCAAGGCCUCCGGCUCCCACAGAUGGGUGGAGGAAUGCCUGGCUCCAACAUGCCAUUCAACCAACAGAACUUGCUCCAGUUGGUUCAGGAUAUGAAGACACGGUUCCCACAUCUGCCUGAGGACCAGUUGACGGCCAGAGUACAGGGGGUCAUACGUCACAUCAUCACCAGUCAGUACAUGCAGCAGCAGGAAAUGCAGAAACGACAGCUUGAGCAAAGAGAAAUGCAGCACCAACAACAGCUUCAUCAGAUCCAAGCCCAGAUCCAGCGCCAACAACAACAACUGAAUGCACACCAGAGGAUGUCCGGUCAGCAAGGUCACAUGCCCAACAGAAGAUAAUCAUGGUUCACAUAGGCUACAGAUACUGUCAUGUUUACAUAAACGCUGUGUGACUCGGACACGUUGGAUAUGGGUCACAACUAGAUGAUUAACUUAUAAACUGUGAAGGAACAACAGAUUGACGGAGGACGUGUUGUUCUCAAAUAUUUUAUUAUGUUAAGUGUGUCAGUCUGGUUAACUUAAAACUUUGCUUGUAUGGUAAUUUAUUCUUGUUCCUCCUUUGUUCUGAACAUCCGAGGUUAUAAAUUAAGGUUAUAGAUAUUUUUGUAAUGUUGAAAGCAAACCUUGGCAAGAUGUUGUUAAGCAGACUUUGAUCCCUAUAUUAACUUUUUACCUGAUGUGGCAAUAUUUGUUCCUUUGUUCUAGUCUAUGUCAUUUUUUAACCCUUAAAAACUUACUUUUUUUCUUCUAACAAUCAGUGUGAUUUAUUAAAAUAAAAACAAAAUACUAAAUGAGACUAGUGUGAUCAUGAACACAAAUCAGAAGGGGAGAUAACUCAACAUUGGAAAUAAUAGAUUUUGGUAAAUCUUUGGUCGGUCUGCAUCAGCAGAUAUUUCCAGCAAAUUUUAUAAUAAUUUUCCAUCUAGUCACAGUUUGAAUCCUAGUCAUUCGUAAUAUUUAACUACAUUUUGGAUUCUGGACACGUAAAUUGUAUGGGUGGCCAUAGUGAAGUGUGACUGGCGGUUAUAUAUUUUUUAAAAUAUUUAACAUUGAAUUUUUUAAGCGAUUUGACUUUUUCCAUCGCUUCUGCUGUAAAUUGCCAACAAUACCUAUACACAACUUUAGACACCAACUAUGUAUAACAUUUGUGAUUGGAUCAGAACAGAUUUACUAAGGUAAUAUAUGUACAACAAUAUUUUGUUUGAACUGACCAGAGGUUUACCAUCUCCUUGGUCACAUAAUUUGCUGUAAGAAUUGAAGGUUAACAGUUUAAAUUAAGUGUUUUAUUGUAAUUCCUUUCAAUCCUGAUUUACUGGAAGCCUUAUGUUGUCACUUGAUUCUAAGUAAGCCUAAUUGGAAACAUUUUAAAUCAGUUGUUUCAGCUGAUUUCAAAUGGUAUCCAGAAAAUCAUAAUGUGAUUAACAUUGUCAGUUUCAUUAUCAUUUCAAUAUUGAGGAUAUGAAUUGGACACUUUUGUUGUAAACUACAUUUGUAGUUAUGUAAAUGCCUUUUUUUCUGUUUUGUAUAUUUUACAUAGCUUUCAUUGUUAAUUAAGUGGUCAAGAUUUCCAAAUUACUGAAUGAACAUCAAUAAAAAAAAGUGUGUAACCCGGACUCACCUUCUUCCUCCUUACAAACACUUGGUAUGAGCUCAUGAUUAUAAUGUUUGUUUUAAAGAUCUUAACAGAGCAUAAGAUUAUAAUCUUUUGCACCUGUGUAGAAUGUGGUUGUACAUCGAUUGUAGUUAUAUAUGAUACUGGUUAAGACAUUGGGAACAGUCCAUUCAGAUCGCUCACAUUACUGUAUACUAAGAUAUUUUAGUGGUAAUCCUAUUUUAGCAAUUUCUGCGAAGGAAAGAAUCCUGCUAAAUCAGGAUUACACUAAUUGUAGUUUCUGUUCAUUUAUUUUCUGUGGCAUGUAUUUUGGCAGCCCCGAUUCAUCAUGGCGCUGGUUUUUGAUUCGGUCAUUCACUAAAAUUUGAGUGUGCCAAAAUAAGUAUUUAUAUCCUCUUACUUUUCCUUGUUGACUGUGAUCAGAUAGAAAGGAAGGAUUUGCAUGUGGUAAGUUGAGAAUGGGAUGACGGGUAAUUCUGCUGUUGGUAUUGGUUUGGAAAGGGAAGUGUGUCGUAUGUGCAGGUCACGUAGCUAGAACUAAUGUUGUAAUAUUAAGAUAUUUGGCAUGAUUUCUUGUAUGUGUCGGUGCUUUGGUUUUGUAGUGCUUUGUGAAGUCACCGAGACGUUCCAUAGCAUAGCAUUGUUUGAUGUACAAAAACUGUUUGAUGUACAAAAACAUUAGGUUGCAGUGAUCAUUUGGUCUAAUUUGUACUUUACAAAAGAGUAAUAGAUAUUGUAUCCAGGGUACACCUGGUCAUAUGGAAAAUACACAAAAAAA